UCCACAUAACUCAAUGCUGCCAGGGCUAAAACAAAAAUCAUGACCGCAUUCAGCAUUUUCUUAGGAGCAAAACUGCAAAAAGUGACAUUAGCAACCGUUCUGGAAGAUGGAAGCACACAUCGCCUGUACUAAUAAACGUAAAUUCCUCUUCCCUUAAAAGAGCAUUCAGGUGCCAUUUUUACAAUAACGAAGAAGGAGAGUGCCAUUCUGCCGGUUUUCUGUAAUUUUCAGGACCCGAUCGAAAUGACUACAUUUCCUCCCGCUAAGUGUCAGGUACAAACGCCGAAGCAGCCCUCGCGGCCCCUGUGCCUAGAGCCACGCGCCAGGGACAUGCACUGUGAUCUGGAGGGUCCCCUGUCCUCAGCAGCAGGCACGCCCGGGGCAUCUUCCCCGUCCGCGGGGCCCGGGCCUGGCUCGCGCAGGACCCCUGUCCAGAAGGUUCCCCGCGUGAGACCCCACGUGCCGCCCGUGCGUCACGAUUUUAACGGUCGCCCCAGCCCUGCGUGCUCCGCGUCCGCAGACACUCGGAGCCCUUGCGGAAGCCGUAUUCCGCCCUCCGAGGCCCCAACGCUGCCGCCGCGCCACGAACAUGGGCAGCUACCUGAGCAGACACCUGGGCAGAUACCUGCGCACAGCCAAGGCCGCGCUGCCACGCCCCGCUUGGGGGCACCGCUACCUGCGGGCCAGGCCCGCCCACCACCGCCGCGGCCCGGUUCAGAGCCAAGUCAUCUCCGUGCACCGGGAGCGCUGGAUGCAGAGCCGGACCCGCCUCCCGCUGCCACCCCACCUGGACCACCCCCGAGUCCAGAGGGCCAUAGUCCCCAAGGCCUGGAGGAGCUUCCACGGCAAGUCCCCCCUCCACACCUUCCCGGGGCUGGAUUUGUCUAGCAGUCGCGAGAGUUUCGUGAGGCACUGCCUCUGGAAGGCCCAGAACGUCCUGAACGUCUGGAACAUGGUGACCGUCAACAUCACUCCUCCUGAGGGCGGCGGGAGCUCCAGCAGUCGCCCAGCCACCCAGGAGCGCCCGCACUCCUGCGCCAAGGAGAUCCGGCUGAGGGCUCGCAGCCCGGGCCAGAGAGGGAAGAAGAGGAGCCGCAGAUCUCUCCGGUUCGAAGGCCCCCCGGCCAAGAGAAGGAAGCAGAGCCCAGGAGCCAGGCCAUCCGCCUUCAGGCCUGUGUGGAAAGAUGGCAUGGUCCGUGCCUUCGUGCCCAGGCCUGGGCCUCUGAGAAGAGGCGUCUUCUCCUGGCAUCCCGCCGCCGGAGAGGACACUCAGCCCGGGCCCGACGCGCUGCCAGGACACCAGCAGGCCCCAGGCGAGUCACCGGGCCUCGGCUUGAGAGCAGAUGAGUGUGCCCCACGGCCUGGGCCUUCCUGCAGCCUGGGGUCCCCCUGGUAUCCUGAGCCACCUCCUGAGACUCAAACCAGCAGUCCUUUUAUCCCGCUGGCCCCCGCUCUACCCCCGCACGAGUGACCGUCCCCGGCAGCCAGCCCUCACCGCCCGGGCAGCAGCUCCGCCCAGGCCCCAGACCCACCUCCCUUGAGCCCACGGGGCUGCGAUCCAAACCUCGGGCUUCCUCCUGCCCUCCCCCUGCCCGCCUUCUCCCGGAGACACACUUAGCGGGAAGGCCUGC